UUGACGGAGCUGCCUCACAGAGGGAAGAGGGCAAUCCCUGCUUUUAUUUUUCUUUGCAGACGACCACAGUUGAGCACAAAAACAAACUUGAACCAGACGAGCUGUGGGUCAACACUUGCGCUUAAGUGCGCGUCUGAAGCGGAGGAACUGAGGACGAUUAACCGAAGAGACUUUCUUUUUUUUUUUUUUUUUUAAUUUUUCCGUUGUUGAAAAAAAGGGAAGGGCUCUGCCAAGAAAAGAAAAAAAAAACAUUUGGAAAUUAAAUUAUGCGUCAGCAAGUGCGCACUUUACGCACAGGUUGCACCGUGAAACUUUGAGAUGUUGGCUCACCUCGCCGUUAUUCUAUUUCGUGUGUUAGGUUUGAUUUCCUUUGUUGGUGCCAGCCCUUCAGGACUCAAUGUUACCAUGUGCCGGGGCUCAAAACUUUAAAGCGCAGCCAGAACCUUGAGGAGGUAAGCCUGAGACGGCCAUGGGGGCCAAACAGAGCAGCCCGGUUUUUGAUGGCAGAACUCGGGCUUAUUCUAGCUCCGAUCUCCCAUCUGGAAACCCCAGCGGCGGAGAAAGGAUCGCGGGGUUCAGGUACACUAAUGGACCCGAAGGCCCCCGGAUCCGGUACACGGGUGGAGGGCCAACCAGCUCUGGGCUCAGUAUACCGGCCGGCGGCAGGUCAGGGUCGCACGCGAACAAUCAGAGUCUCGACGGCACGGAUGGUGACGAUGAGGGCCAGCUGCCUCCUGAGGGCCACAGGCUGCUUAUAGGGUCGUUACCGGCUCACCUGUCCCCUCACAUGCUGGGAGGCUUCCACUGCCCUGUCUGCUCCAAGUUUAUGGCGUCGGAUGAAAUAGAGAAGCACCUGCUCAUGUGUUUCAGCAAAACGCGCCUCACCUACAACAAGGACAUCCUGUCCAGAGACUCUGGGGAAUGUGCCAUCUGUUUAGAAGAGCUGGAGCAGGGAGACACCAUUGCCCGACUGCCGUGCCUCUGUAUCUACCAUAAAGGCUGUAUAGAUGAGUGGUUUGAGGUGAAUCGCUCGUGUCCGGAGCAUCCUGCCGAGUAGGAGCUGCAAGAGUACAGUUUCAAUCCACUGUACAUCACUGUGGUCCACUGCCUGCCCUAAACUGAUCCCAGCACUGUCUGUUCCAGCCAAGCAUCAGCGUUCCUCAGGGUUUGCGAGACAUUAUUGUGUGCAGGAUUUUUCAUAUUGCCUCACGGAAUGGCGAGGGGCUUUGGAUAUGUGUCUCUAGAUGUCGUGGGAUCUUCAAAGAACCACUGGUGGAGUCAUUUUGUCUCCAGAAAAUAUGUGAAUGUUCCUCCUUAUGCCACCUGCUGGCCUAAAGAGGGUUCAUGCAACACAGGAUCUGAACUGAGCUGUUUUGCUGAACAGGGUGUGGUUUUAUAGCAGAGGACUGUGCAACCAACAUGGUGGAAGAGUGUCUUUUCAGCAGAGAUUUAGGUUGAUACCUGCUGAAAGACUUGAUUAGAAGGCUGAAGGCUGAUGUUGUGAAUGUGAAAAACAGCCAUACAGUAUAAAAAAAUGCCAAUAUCAGCUUUAAGGGAUGAUUACAGUGUUGAUGGUAGUUAGAUCUUAAUUUUAUUGCAAAAAUUGGCUAUUACUAUUGUUUGUUAAACAAUCAUGUUUCUUAGGCCAAAUAGUCUAACAUGAAAUAGUCAGACUUUGUUAAUCAUUUGGCCAUUCAGCACCACGGUAAUGUGAUUGUGUAGUUAAGUGGUGGAAUUAAGGAUAGGUUAAGACAUAUCUAAUGAUGAUUCAUACUCUCUAAAGAGUGCCAUAAUAUGCUGCUAUGUCAUAGACUGGAAAGUUUUCCUAUAACCUUUAGAUCUUUGUUCAUUGUACUUUGUGUUUGUACUGUAAUGAAUUGCACAAAAAUAAAUGUUUUGUCUUUAUGUCUCUUUCCA